AGCACUUUUUUAGUUUUUAUGAAAUUUUCUAUACAUAGAGUCACUCUAUACUUAAAAUUAUCGAAAAAAUGUUUUCAAAAAAGUCACUCUAUGUACAUAGGGAGGAGAGAUUUUUAAAACGCAUUUUUUACAUCUAAGCCGUUUUUAGAAUCGUUGCUUGGGCUCCCUGUGCAUAAACACCUUUUGUUUUCCCCUCCCCUCUCCCCAGGCACUCUGGCUGCUCAAUCAACAUGGCGCGCUUCUAUCGGAACGUGUUCAUCACUGGAUGUAAUAGAGGUAUAGGAAUAGAAUUUGUUAAGCAAUUUCUCAACCUGCCACAACCACCACUACACUUAUUUGCAACAUGUCGAUCACCAAGUACAAAAAGCUCAGAAGAGCUUACAAAACUAGCCGAAUUCAACUCGAAUUUGCACGUGUUACAACUCGAUGUUAGCAGUGAUGAAGAUCUCAAGAAUGUUUAUUCUUACGUUGGGAGAGUUUUGCAAGAUGAAGGUUUGAAUUUAGUCAUAAAUAACGCUGGAGUUACUGCUUCAGUGACUGUGGAGAGUGUUARACCAGAGCAAAUGAUGAAUGCCUUCCGUGUGAACACCGUUGCCCCUCUGAUGAUUGUACAGACGAUGAUUCCCUUUUUGAAGACAGCUGGAAAAAUGAGGACAAAUGCAGAUACAAAUUGUAAUUCUGUAAUCGUUAAUAUAUCGGCGAAGACAGCAUCUGUCAGUGGCAAUACAUCUGGUAAACUGUAUCCAUCGCGUGCCAGCAAGGCAGCUCUGAAUGUGAUUACCAAAUCACUUAGCAUUGACUUACAGGAUUUGGGUAUUUGUGCGAUUGUUAUGAAUCCAGGCUGGGUCCAGACCCCUAAUGGUGGGCCUAAUGCUCUAAUAACAACUCAAGAGAGUGUCUCAGGCAUGAUGAAUGUGAUAGGGUCUUUAGAUAUGACUAAAAGUGGAAUGUUCUUUAACUAUGAUGGGGGUGCUAUUCCUUGGUAGAAAGAUCUUAAUGGCUUUUGUGGUGUGAUUACACAAAAAUUGCUACUUUUGUAAAAUAAAAAUAAUGUGUAGAGUGAUCGCACUUAAUCCGUGCAACUUUAGUAAUUUGUAACUAAAAGUGGACUUGAAGCAAAACGGUAUUGAAUGCUUCAUUUGUAUCAAUUUAAGUAACAAUGCGCGCAAAAAG